CCGCCGGGCGCGAGACCCACCGUCUGCGUCACUCACCCAACGACAUCCCAAUCGCCGCCUCUCGAGCUCAGGAGGCGCGGCGCUCACGUCAUUAGACGGCGACAGCAGCUUUUAAGGGACACACUGAUGAUGCCGAGGCUGUCUGUUGUGUUUCCAGUGGGUGUGCUACUUGUAAGAACCAUGGCCUGGACCUCUUCUGGAAACUCUCACUCACAGCUAGUCGAGAACCUGAGAAGGGAUGGUGUGAUUCAGUCUGAGCGAGUGUUCAAUGCUUUGAUGGCCACAGACCGAGCCCAUUACUGCAAAACUUCUCCCUUCAUGGAUUCUCCACAGUCCAUAGGUUACCAGGCAACCAUCAGUGCACCUCACAUGCACGCCCAUGCCCUGGAAUGCCUGAAGGAUCACUUGUACGAGGGGGCCCAAGCUUUGGAUGUGGGAUCGGGGAGUGGCUACCUGACCGCUUGCAUGGCUCGGAUGGUGGGGCCCUCGGGGAUGGUGGUUGGAAUUGAUCACAUCCCCCAGCUGGUGGAACAAUCCAUCCGCAACGUCCAGGCGGACAACUCCACGCUGCUGGAGGCGGGCAGGCUGAAGCUGAUCGUUGGAGAUGGCCGACGCGGACACGUAGAGGACGCGCCCUACGACGCCAUUCACGUGGGCGCGGCUGCGGCCACGGUUCCUCAGGAGUUGUUGCAGCAGCUGAAGCCUGGAGGUCGGCUGGUCAUUCCUGUUGGUGAGAGUGAGGGAGGCCAAUUACUGGAGCAGUACGACAGGACGGUGGAUGGAAACUUCACCCGCACGCCACUGAUGCGGGUGAUAUACGUGCCCCUGACUGACCGUGAGAGGCAGUGGAGUGGGUAGACGUGAACUGUGAAGUCUCUGCAGCCGAUUUUUAGCAAGGUGAGGGUGGCUCGUGUGUUAAACUUACCCAAUGCCAUGGGACAGACAUCUGACUCUCUUUGGAGGUGGUGGAACGUGGGCAACAGCUGGGAUGGUGAGGGCUGCAGUUUUCGACUUGGCGAUAGGGAUUGAAUGGGGCAGUCAGAAUGUGUUGGUGUGCAGAAUGCAUCAGCGUGGAAUCGGCAAUAAAGCACCCACUCA